UAUUGCAUUUAAUAUACAGUGUCACUGUCUCCACCCUCUAAAACUGACAGCUAAAUACUAAAUGUUCUGCUGUCAAACAAGGUAGUCUGUGAAAUGUGGGAAAUCCCAACAUUUUGUUAAAGAUGAAAAGGUCUAGCUCAUUACUGAGAAACUCCUAAAAAAGAAUAUCACACAUUCAGAAGAAGCAAGAGGGGAUUCUCCCUAUAAGUGUUUGGUCAGAUAAACUAAUGCUAUAUUUCACAUAAUAAAGAUUUACUAUCUAAAAGUACAAAAAUACAAGCAAGUGAUACAUAUUUAAAAGCAAACUAUUUCAGUUUAAAUCAUGUAAAAAUAGAAAGAUAAAAUAACUCUCAUAAUUGCACAAAUAUAUUCAAUUGGGCUUGUCUAAUAUCAUAUGUGAGGUUAUUCCAGGUCUGUGUUGCAUGACAACAAUAUGCUGCUUCUCCAUCUCCAUACAUUGAGCCAGUUAUACAUGUGUGGAAUAAAAAAUCUUUUUCCAAUGACAUCUCUUAUAUGUCCAUUUUUCCAGUCAGUGUUCCACUUCUUGCUUUUUGCUCUGUUUCUUCAGUGCUGCGCAAUAUUUCACAAUUCUCCCCCCUAUUUCCUUCCUGUUUGUCUGUUCUGCUCUCUGUUGGCUGCGUUAUUACUGCUGUGAGUGUUGAAAAACCGGCAGGACUGAAAAGACAUUGGCACCACAAAGGCAGCGGCAUCAGAGGCAGCAGAGCUCGUCGUUCGAUAUGUGGAAUGACAUUAACAUUUCAAAAGAUGCAAAUGAAAUAAGCCACCGCACUUUUACAAUAUGUGACAUCCGCGCCUCUCUUGUUCAACCACAUCCUCUUUCACCAUCCCCUUUUCUAUCUGCAUUAGUCAGUCGGUCUGUCUCUUUUCCUCAUAAUCAGGAAUUCUCUCAGUAUCAUCAGCUAAUAUUUGGUUUGAUGAAUAGUUUGGCAUUAUGGGAAUGAUAGUGCAUGCAGACUGGACACAGUGGGGAAACAGCUCGCCUGGCUUUGUCCAAAAGUGACAAAAUCUGUCUACCACCACUUCCAAAGUUCACAAAUUAACAUAUUAUAUCUUUUCUUUAGUUUCUAAAAGAAGUGUGCCUGGCUUGAUCAGCUUGUCAAAAUCAUUUCGUACCGGUUAAACAAACAAGAUAUUAUGCUGUUAAGUAAGCUUUAAGGGUGUUCGGUGGAUUUUGUUACCUUUGGAAAGAGAAGGUUUCCCUGUCUCCAGGCCUCAUGCUAAGCUAAGCUAACGUCUUCUGGCUGAGUGGUAUUUUCUUAAUUUGCUCGCCAGGAAAGCAAAUAAGCUUCAAGCUUCAAGCUUCAACGUGAAACUAUUACGUUAAAUUGAUAUCAGUCCAAUAUAAAGCUUAAUUUAGUUUUUUUGGGAAGUCAUGUCAAUUUAUUAAUGACACUGGAUACAGUGAACAACAAUUCAGGUAUGUUGAAGUAUGCUUUUAUCAUUUAUUUCUCCCUGUUUUCUCUAUCCAGUUCGGCGUAUGAUGUCGUCUUGCGGCAGAAGGUUGCGGUGAAGAAACUGUCCAGGCCUUUUCAGUCUCUGAUCCACAGCCGCCGCUCGUACCGGGAACUCAGGCUGCUCAAGCACAUGAAACACGAGAAUGUAAUAGGGCUGCUGGAUGUCUUCACGCCUGCUGCAACGUUAGAGGACUUCAAUGAACUCUACCUGGUGUCUAACCUGAUGGGUGCAGACCUCAAUAACAUUGUUAAAUUCCAGAGGUUGUCAGACGAACAUGUGCAGUUCUUAAUUUACCAGCUUCUCCGUGGCCUCAAGUACAUCCAUUCAGCGGGAUUGAUCCACAGAGACCUCAAGCCAAGUAAUGUGGCAGUGAAUGAGGACUGUGAGCUGAGGAUCCUUGACUUUGGAUUGGCCAGACAGACAGACGACGAGAUGACAGGGUAUGUUGCGACUCGCUGGUAUCGAGCGCCGGAGAUAAUGCUGAACUGGAUGCAUUACAAUCAGAAUGUUGAUAUUUGGUCAGUGGGAUGCAUUAUGGGAGAGCUGCUGAAGGGAAAAGUCCUUUUUCCUGGCACUGAUUAUAUUGACCAGCUGAAGAGAAUCAUGGAAGUGGUUGGGACUCCGACGCAAGACCUUUUAAAAAAGAUCUGUUCUGAGCAUGCGCAGAAGUACAUCCAGUCUCUGCCCUUCAUGCCCCAGCAGGACCUGGAAAAGAUAUUCAGAGGGGCAAAUCCACUAGCUGUGGAUCUAAUGAAGCGAAUGCUGGUUCUGGACUGUGAUGGGAGGAUUUCGGCCAGCGAGGCUCUGUCACACGCUUACUUUUCACAGUACCACGAUCCAGACGACGAGCCAGAGGCCCCGCCUUACGACCAAACGCUGGAGAGUAAAGACAGAACUCUAGAAGAAUGGAAAGAGUUGGUAUUUGAAGAGGUAAACAGCGUCAAAGCAUCCGGCAGCAAGACUAAUAGCCUUCAGGUGGAGCAGUAAGCCUCUUUCUGCUCUGCCUCAACCUUAUAAUGAAGAAGGACCACAUACUCAAUGAUUGGGAGAAGGACUGUGGCAGGCCAACUGAAGAAAACUCUGCAUUCCCUCUGCUCAGAGUGACUGUGCUUGAUUACCUGCCAUGAGUUUAUUUGAGCAGCAGGGCAGGACGGUCUCCACAGGAUCAGGGAGCAUUUUAGAAUCUGAUAGAAGGAGAUUUCCAGUCCAGAAAGUUGCUUCCUCUUAUGUUUCCGCUCAGUGAGUGUAAAAUGAGGAACCAUUCACCGUGGCUUCGUCAGGGAUUGCAGAGGACGUGAGGAUUCAUACGAGGGAGCAACUUUACGGAACUGGAACUUUGUUUACAGAUUGUUGGAAAGGUAUCGAAGGAAGGAAAGACUGCAAGAACGCACACUAGGAUUUCCAAAGCAACUACAGAAUGCCGCCUGGUCCCUCAUAAUGACAAAUGCCAUAAGCAGUCAGUACUUCAUAUAUGGAAUUCACAUUUAAAAACUUGCAGCAAUGCCACGUCAUGUCACAGAGCAACUUUGCAUUUAGCCUGCAUACUACUGCAUGAUUUUUGUGCAUUUUAUUAUUACAGAAUAUUACUGGUUUUGUAUUAUAUAACCAUUAAAGCUGCUUAUUGCAUCUGCCAUAUUGCUAUAAAAGCAGCCUGAGGGUCAGAGAGAGGCAUUACCAGAAAAUGUGACCAACCUGUUUUAUCUUUAUAAUUUCCAUGCAGUAAAAGAAAUCAAUAAUACAAAAGGAAACAAAAAGUACUGUUAUUUCUCAGAUGAGAGUCAUCCUCUCCUGCUUACAGAGUAGUAAACACCAACUGUGCUAUUAAUUAGCAAGGUAAUAAAUAUAUGCCAAAGCUGGAGCAGAAUGACGGUGUUGUAGGUCUGUGUUUACAGUGCGACCUCGCUUCACAUAUACAGUUUCCGCUGAUGGCUGAUUUCUGAUUUCUGAUCACUUGUUGGCUUUGGCAGUGCUCCAUCAGGUUUCCAUAAUUGUCUGCAGUGUCUUUUACAGCCCCGGUUUGUGUUUACAAUAAUUAAGAUUACGGGCAUUUUGUGCCGGAUAAUUAUAGAUUGCCAAGCUUCAUGUGAAUAAUUAUCGGUCAAACAUUCCAGACUGAUGAUUCCCAUAAAACAUCCAUAUUUGGUUGCUUGCUCAUGAGUGAUCUUUCAUAUAUCCUCAUCUUCUUUUUAGUUUUCAUUAUGCUUGGGCGUUAUAUUGAAAACAAUACAGUGUGUAAAGAUUCAUUAGUGACCACAGUAUAAAUAUAAAAAAGCACGGGGGAUGUUCUUUACCUCGAUUGUGGGAAUUUCGGUAACAUUACAGUUCAAGAACGCCCUUUACAGGAAACAAUGCAUAAGCAGCAUGAGCUCAAUGCAUAUGCAGAAUAUUUCAACAAAUGGCUGACUUCCUCACUGUCAGUGUGUCAUUCAUCUUGCAUCAGACUGGAGUUUUAGUUCUACAAUUUUUUUUGCUGAGGUAGAAAUAAUCUGCUUGUAUUAAACCACAGUGUGCAGAGCCAGCAAACAACAGGCUUUCCAUCUUAAUUCUGAAGGUCAGUGAAAAUGUCAAAAGGUAUAAGAGGACAACCCGGAUGUUAUGAAAUCUACUACUCUGGUAGUCAAUGAAAAAGUACAGCGCAUGUAAUGAAUCUAGGGUAAUCUGAUAACUAUCUGAUAAUUUUAAUGGGCUAUACCUCAACUUGUAUUAUCACGCAAAGUUUUGCAUUUAUAAAAAAAUAAAACACAUUUUUGUAAAGUGGAGGGUUCAUGCGAUGGUAGAUAAAAGGCUUAUAAAUCAGAAGCACACACAUAAAUCCAGUUUAUCUGAGAUGCAUCAAAUACAUUCUUACACUUAAUCUGGAUACUAUCUGGAUACAAAUUGGAUACUAAUGGCAGGUGUAAAGCAGUAUAACAACAAACAAUAUAAGUUUCCUGGUUACCUAACCUGACCUUAUAAUGCUGUAAAGUAGCAGAACCAGUAGCUAUUUAGGUUAGCCACAGAGCUACUUAAGCUAGUUUUGACUUUAACUUAGUUAGCUAGGGUAUAAUACUAAUGUACUAGUAUAGCCUACCUACAGUUUGAAGUACUAGUAUACCUACAGUUUGGAGUAUACACAUGGUUAGCACUAAAACUAAUUUGCUCAAUUUUCAUAUGAGAUGAACAAUGGAAUAAGAAGACAAUUUAGCUAGCUAGGUUAGCUAGGUUAAAUUCAACUGUAUUUUAAUGUAUAGUUUGGUGUGUUCCUUCAUGCAAGUUGGGGUUCUGUGGCGUGUCCCACUCAAGUUUAACCAAACCAAGGACAUUAUUUCUGCCUCAAAGAAACAUUAGUACAACCAAACCAUCGAUUUAUCAAUCAUUUUUGACAAACACAAGAAAGGAAACCUCCUCUUAACUAUUUUCCCCCUGUUGGCCUAAUGGUUCACAAUGGAGCGCUACAUGUAGCCUUUUGUGCAAGUUGUCCAUUAAUACCGAAUGCAAAAUGUUGAAUUUACAGUGCAAAUGAAUCCAAACUGUCUGUCUCAGUCAAGGAGUGUUAUGUGCUUAUGUGGAUGUUGUAUUUGUGGUGGUUUUGAAUAGCAAGCUGCAAAUCGAAUGUAUUACGUAUACUGUAUGUAUGUUACAAGGUAGAAGUGUUUUUUGAAUACACGGUGGAAUGUGAUUCAACGGUAGCCAUGACUUUCAAAUCAUUAAACUGAAUGUCAACGGUCAGUUUUACAAAUGAUUCAGAUGAUUUUCUCAUUCAUCAACAGGUGACACUUGGCAAGUGUUGGCUUCAAGCGAAUAAACACCAUCAGUUCUGUUAAGAU